UACCUAGUAAGCCGAUGCCUUUGCUUCAUCAGCCGGUCUCUCCACAAGGUGUGUUGCUGUCACAGACAGCACUCCCAGGUGUGGAAAGACAGGACUCGCCACCGCCUUGGACUUCUAGGGACAUUUUUUUCUGGGAAGAAAUUUAAUGUUAAUUAAAAACGCCUCCAGAAGAUUCACUGUUGCACUGUAGACGGGAGCAAACCCAGGAAGGACCAGCAUGGGAAUCCUAUAUUCUGAGCCCAUCUGCCAGGCAGCCUACCAGAAUGACUUGGGGCAGGUGUGGCGGUGGGUAAAAGAAGACAACUGUUAUGUGGAUGUUCAAGAUGGCUUCAACGGAGACACUCCCCUCAUCUGCGCCUGCAGGCGAGGGCAUGUGAGAAUUGUCUCCUUCCUUUUAAGAAGAAAUGCUGAUGUCAACCUCAAAAACUUGAAGGAGAGAACCUGCUUGCACUAUGCUGUGAAGAAGAGGUUUACCUUCUUUGAUUAUCUACUCAUUAUCCUUUUAAUGCCUGUCUUGCUUAUCGGGUAUUUCCUCAUGGUAUCAAAGACGAAGCAGAACGAGAAUCUUGUGCGCAUGCUCCUUGAUGCUGGUGUUGAAGUUAAUGCUACUGACUGUUAUGGCUACACUGCUUUGCAUUAUGCAUGCCAGAUGAAAAACCAGACGCUCAUCCCCCUGCUUCUGAAAGCCCAUGCAGACCCCAUGAUCAGGAACAAGCAUGGUGAGAGUUCACUGGAUAUCGCACAGAGACUAAAAUUUUCCCAGAUUGUAUCGAUGCUAAAGAAAGCCUCAUAGUCCUGGGACUUCUCAGUGGCAACAGAGACACAGCUGAAGGACUGGAUGUUGUCCCUGUCUUGGGUGAUUGCUCUGUGGCCACUCAAGCUGGAUGCAUCAGCCUUGUGACAAGCCCUGGACUUUUAUUCAGUGGAGGUCACCAUGGCGAGGAUCCUCUGAAGGACCCAUUACACUUGUUGGAAUCUCUAUUACUGUCAAAACUGAUUUUUUAAAAAAAAUUCUAAUUCAGUGUCUUCUAAAAACAAGUCAGAGCUACCUGAGGUAAUAUUUUCGCUUCCCAAUUGUGUCAUCCUUCAGAAAACUUUGCCCUACAUCCUGUCCAGGGAGACAAAUGGCUCUUCACAGGCCCCUGACAUACUAAGCCAAACAAUCAGAGCAUGUGUAUUUAAACAGCAAUACACACAUAUGUGGGGAGUUAAAGACUCCAGAAUAAGUAUUCCUUUGAUCGAAAAUAUUCAAUAAAACAUCUCUCAGAUGUCA